AUGGAAAACUAUACUCAAACAUCAACUGAUUUCAUCUUAUUGGGGUUGUUCCCCCCUUCAAAAAUUGGCAUGUUUCUUUUUAUUCUCAUUGUUCUCAUUUUCCUAAUGGCUCUAUUUGGCAACUUGUCAAUGAUCCUUCUCAUCUAUCUGGACACCCAACUCCACACACCCAUGUAUUUCCUACUCAGUCAGCUCUCCUUUAUUGACCUGAAUUAUAUCUCUACCAUUGUCCCUAAAAUGGCCUCCAAUUUUCUUUUUGGAAACAAAUCUAUCUCCUUUAUUGGGUGUGGGGUUCAGAGCUUCUUCUUCUUGACUUUAGCAGUUGCAGAAGCCUUGCUCUUGACAUCUAUGGCUUAUGAUCGCUAUGUGGCCAUUUGCUUUCCUCUUCACUAUCCCAUCAGAAUCAGCAGAAGAGUGUGUGUGUUGAUGAUAAUGGGAUCUUGGAUAAUGGGCUCUAUCAACUCCUGUGCCCACACCACUUAUGCCCUCCACAUCCCUUAUUGCAAAUCCAGAGCCAUCAAUCAUUUCUUCUGUGAUGUCCCAGCCAUGUUGACUCUGGCCUGUAUGGACACCUGGGUCUAUGAGUACACAGUGUUUGUGAGCACCACCCUAUUCCUUGUGUUGCCUUUUAUUAUCAUUGCAUGUUCCUAUGGCCGUGUUCUCCUUGCUGUCUUUCACAUGAACUCAGCAGAAGGGAGGAAGAAGGCCUAUUCGACCUGCAGCACCCAUCUCACUGUCGUGACUUUCUACUAUGCACCCUUUGUUUACACUUAUCUACGCCCAAGAUCUCAUCGAUCUCCAACAGAGGACAAGGCUCUGGCUGUGUUCUACACCAUCCUGACCCCGAUGCUCAACCCUGUUAUCUAUAGCUUGAGAAACAAGGAGGUGAUGGAGGCCUUGAGAAGAGUUACUCAGAGAAUCUACUUUGUGAAAAUGUGA